AUGAAGGCCGGGCCGUUCCUCUCCGGCCUCCGGGAGGUAAAAACACGGCCUUCAGAUGGUUUCACCGCCCCGGCGUCCGAUCGAAACGUCCCGGUGGCGGUGCCGCCGGACAUAUUUGACAAGAUAUUGAAGAAGGAAAUUCCCAGUACUGCGGUCUACGAGGAUGAUAUGGUUUAUGCUUUCAGAGACAUAUGCCCCCAAGCUCCAACUCACAUCUUAAUCAUCCCGAAGGUUAAAGAUGGACUGUCUCAGCUCUCCAAGGCGGAGGACAGGCACCGUGAGAUUCUUGGCCACCUCAUGUACACUGCCAAGGUUAUCGCCAAACAGGAAGGUCAAGAUGGCUUCAGGCUUGUUAUCAAUGAUGGACCGAGUGGCAUUGAGGACAAAAUGACAAAUAUAAUAGCUAUUGUAAUCAAACUUGACAAAGUUGUUCUUAGUAUCCAAAGGAUAACACAUGAGAGUAGCAAGAGCUGCUGA